AUGGGUUCCCUUUUCUCCUUCACUGUGUUCUUCUUCUUGGCGGUGCAAUGUUGCUGGUGUCUAACGUCACCCAAGAAGACGUACAUAGUUCACAUGAAACACCACAACAAGCCUUCAAUUUACCCAACGCACAGGGACUGGUACACUGCAAAUCUUCAAUCUUUAACCGCGGAUUCCGAUCCGUUGCUUUACUCAUACAAUGAUGCCUACAACGGCUUUGCGGCGUCGCUCGACGAGGAACAGGCGCAGGAGCUUCUCAGAUCCGAGGAUGUUCUCGGAGUCUACGAGGAGACGGUGUACCAACUGCACACCACGCGCACGCCGCAGUUUUUAGGGCUCGAGAGGGAGACAGGGCUGUGGGAGGGUCACACCGCGCAGGACCUCAACCAAGCUUCCUACGACGUUAUCGUGGGAGUGCUCGACACCGGAGUGUGGCCUGAGUCUCCCAGUUUCGCCGACACCGGGAUGCCAGAGAUUCCUGCGCGGUGGCGCGGCCAGUGCGAGACCGGCCCCGAUUUCUCGCCGAGCCUCUGCAACAAGAAACUCAUCGGCGCGAGAAGCUUCUCGCGAGGUUUUCACAUGGCCUCGGGGAAUGGGGCCAGGGAGAAGGAGCCGGCGUCACCGCGCGAUAGGGACGGGCACGGGACCCACACGGCGAGCACCGCGGCGGGGUCGCACGUGGCGAACGCGAGCCUCCUAGGGUACGCGAGCGGGACCGCGCGUGGGAUGGCGCCCACCGCACGUGUGGCGGUUUACAAAGUCUGCUGGACCGACGGUUGCUUCGCGUCCGACAUUCUCGCCGGGAUGGACCGCGCGAUCCAGGACGGCGUCGACGUGCUCUCGCUCUCCCUCGGCGGCGGCUCCGCGCCGUACUUCCGCGACACAAUAGCAGUAGGCGCGUUCGCUGCCGUUGCAAGGGGGAUCUUAGUGUCCUGCUCCGCCGGGAACAGCGGACCCGAGAAGGCCUCGCUUGCGAACGUGGCACCCUGGAUAAUGACCGUUGGUGCUGGCACCUUGGACCGUGAUUUCCCGGCCUUCGCCGUGCUUGGUAAUAGGAAAAAAUUCUCCGGGGUUUCGCUUUACAGCGGAACCGGAAUGGGGACCGAACCGGUCGGGUUGGUUUAUAACAAAGGGUUGAACCAGUCCGGGAGCAUCUGCAUGCCCGGUUCCCUCGACCCGGGUUUGGUUCGUGGGAAGGUGGUGGUUUGCGAUAGAGGGAUUAACGCGCGGGUGGAGAAAGGUAAGGUGGUGCGUGACGCAGGUGGGGUGGGGAUGAUUCUGGCGAACACAGAAGCGAGUGGGGAGGAGUUGGUAGCGGACAGUCACCUGCUACCGGCUGUGGCGGUUGGGAGGAUCGUGGGGGAUCAGAUCAGGAAAUACGCUUCCUCGGAUCCUAAUCCAACGGCUGUUCUAAGUUUCCGUGGAACGGUUUUGAACGUUAGACCUUCACCAGUAGUGGCAGCGUUUAGUUCCAGAGGGCCCAAUAUGGUGACGAGACAGAUUCUGAAACCGGAUGUUAUUGGGCCUGGAGUUAACAUCUUAGCCGGGUGGUCCGAAGCUAUUGGGCCCUCUGGGUUGGCGGAUGACACGCGAAAGACACAGUUCAACAUUAUGUCAGGUACGUCGAUGUCGUGUCCACACAUAAGUGGUUUGGCUGCGUUGUUGAAAGCGGCGCAUCCAGAAUGGAGUCCCAGUGCGAUCAAAUCUGCACUAAUGACCACCGCGUAUGUCCAUGACAACACCAAGUCCCCACUUCGCGACGCCGCAGGGGGUGCGUUUUCCACGCCGUGGGCUCACGGCGCUGGCCACGUGAACCCACACCGGGCCCUUUCUCCUGGGCUUGUCUACGAUGCGUCGACCCGGGACUACAUUAAAUUCCUCUGCUCCUUGGACUACACCCCCGACCAUAUUCAACUCAUAGUCAAACGCCACGGUGUUAACUGCACCACCAAAUUCUCUGACCCUGGUCAAUUGAACUACCCCUCCUUCUCCAUCCUCUUCGGAGGCAAGAAGGUGGUGAGGUACACUCGCACCUUGACUAACGUGGGCGAGGCUGGCUCUGUUUACAAUGUGACAGUGGACGCGCCGUCCACGGUGGGGGUGACGGUGAGGCCCACCAGGCUUGUGUUUGGGAAAGUGGGGGAAAGGCAAAGGUACACGGUGACCUUUGUGUCGAAGAAGCCUGCCGGUGGUGAUUCCGGUAGGUAUGCGUUCGGAAGCAUUAUGUGGAGCAACGCCCAACAUCAAGUGAGAAGCCCAGUUGCUUUUUCUUGGACUCUGUUGUGA